AUGUCCACCGAGGCCGGGCCUACCAGCACAUCUAAUGUCGCUGUUGACCAUGAACCCGGCCUCAUUUCGCAAUCCCAGGAUGUCGUGAGCACAGCUGCUGAUGAGGUGCCGAAUGCUAUGGAUGGGGAAGUGAAAUCUGCGACUCAUGUAGCAGAUGCUGAGAAGCAGGUCUAUUCGGAAUCAACCGACCAGCCUGAGCAUGACCAGAACGAUCAGUUCCAUCGUACAGCGUCCACAGUCGCACCCUCUCAACGAUCUGUUCGUAGGGACCCAAUGAGCCGGGUAACGACAGACGCAGAGGGGAAUGUUUAUCCCGAGGGUGGAAAAGAGGCAUGGCUUGUUGUGUUAGGCAGCUUCCUCGGCCUAUUUGGAUCGUUAGGACUGAUCAACACCAUUGGUACUUUCCAAGCCUAUAUCGAGGACCACCAACUGAAAGACUACAGCUCCGGCGACGUUGGUUGGAUCUUCGGUAUGUUCGCUUUUCUGACGUUCUUCUGUGGUGUCCAGAUUGGUCCUAUGUUUGAUGCCCGGGGCCCACGAGCUCUUGUCCUCGCAGGCUCGAUUUGUGAGAUGGCCUUUAUCAUUCUCCUCGGCUUUUGCACUAAAUACUGGCAUUUCAUGUUGGUCAUCGGUGUCCUCGGUGGUGUUGGGGCGUCUCUCAUUUUCACUCCGGCCAUCUCGGCUGUUGGCCAUUUCUUCUACGAGAAGCGCGGUGUUGCGACCGGUAUUGCGGCUACCGGUGGCUCCAUUGGAGGUAUCGUGUUUCCACUUAUUCUCGAGGCUCUAUUCCCUAAAAUUGGAUGGGGCUGGGCAACUCGUGUUGUUGCUUUGAUCUGUCUGGUUGCUUUGUCUGUAGCAAACCUCCUGAUCAAAUCACGACUCCCACAAAAGCCUUUCUCCAGGGAGAACAUUCUACCCGACUUCCGCAUCUUUAGCGAUUCUCGAUUUGCAUUGACUACUGCAAGUGUUUUCUUUAUCGAAUGGGGUCUUUUCAUUCCUAUCAGCUAUAUCUCGUCCUACGCACUUGCCGAGGGAUUCUCGAGCAAAUUCUCAUACCAGAUCCUUGCCAUUUUGAACGUGGGCUCCUUCUUUGGACGGUGGCUGCCCGGGUUCUUUGCGGAUUUCCUGGGUCGUUUCAAUACUUUAAUCGCUACCGUGGCUCUUUGCUUACUCUGCAAUGCAUGCCUAUGGCUUCCUGCUGGAGAUAGUCUGGCUCUACUUGUGAUCUAUGCAUUACUCUUCGGAUUCGCCAGUGGUAGCAACAUCAGCUUGACGCCUGUCUGUGUCGGACAGCUCUGUAAGACUGAGAACUAUGGCCGAUAUUAUGCUACCGCUUACACCAUCGUAAGUUUUGGUACUUUGACUGGUAUGCCCAUCGCUGGUGAAAUCCUGGCUCGUUGCAACGGAGAAUACUGGGGUGUUAUUGCAUUUACUACCGUUUGCUAUGCUGCAGGAUUGAUCUGCUGUACGGCUGUCAAGGUUAUACAAGUCGGAUGGCGUAAGCCACUGGCGAUUUAUUAG